AGGGGGGAGAAAGAAGAGGAGGCAAAGCAGCGGUCGCGGUGGGUGAGGUCAGGAAUCGAUGGCGCAGGGACAGGGUGCGAUGCCGACGCCGUCACCGACUCCGGCGACGAAUCCGCCGCAGGCGGAUGUCCCACCUGCGGCUGUGGGGCGGCAGCAGCAGGGUUACGCGGUGGAGUUGUACUUCGACCCGGCGCUGGAGAACCAAGUGCUGAAGGCGUGGAACGUGCUCGCCCGCCGGCAGAUCAGCACGCAGCUCAUCGAGAUGGCCGCCCGCCCCCACCUCACCCUCCUCUCUGUCCCCACCCUCGACCCCCUUCGCCUCCACGCCGCCCUCCGCUCCCUCGCCGCCCGCCUCGAUCCCCUCCCCCUCACCCUCUCCUCCGUCGGUGCCUUCCCUUCCUCCUCCUCCUCUUCCUCCUCUGACGCAGGCGUUCUCUUCCUCGCCCCCACGCCCUCGGCUGCCCUCCUGCACCUCCACUCCCAGCUCUGCGACGCCCUCCGCAAGGAAGGCGUUGAGGCUCCGGAGGAGUUCCGCCCCGAUUCCUGGGUGCCUCAUUGCUCCGUCGCCCAGGACGUUCCCCGGGGCAGGAUCGCCGACGCCUUCUGCAUUCUCCGGGAUCUCAAGCUGCCCGUGUCAGGGUACGUCAUGGACAUCGGCCUUGUGGAGUUCUCGCCCGUGCAGGAGAUCGUUUCCUUCCCCCUCGGGAGUGGUUCGGAAGCUUGAGGUUUCUCCUUUCGAUGGCGUCAACUAUUUGUCAUGGAAGUGCUGAAAGGAUAUCAAAUUCGCUGUUUAAUAUGGCGCGGUUUUUUCAGCGAUACUGACUUCUAUUUGUUCAAGGCCAUGAAAAGAGAUGUAUGUGUGUGUAAUGUUCUUGGAGUUUUGAAGCAAGAUAUUACAGAUUAUUAUUUGUUUCUGCUUCUGGAAGUAUGAACUGCUAGUCUUAGCUAGGUUUUCUGUGGACUGGAAUCUUAACCUUUUUGUCUUUUCAUUUAUGAAGAUGUUUCAGUAUACUGGCAAAAGAAAUCCAUUUUAGAUUUAUGUUUCA